UUUUCCAAAAUUUCAAUUUCCAACCCGCGUGGAGCUGGACGGCUGGACCUACCAUCUCAAUCCACGCAGCAGCACCGGCACAACACAAUACAAAAAGCUACGAAGCAAAGCUCCCGGACGCAUUACACGCUCUAAGGACCAAAACCCAAGCACCCGAAUUCGGCAAUGGAGGGAGGUGGGGAGGAAGAGUACCUGUUCAAGAUCGUGAUAAUUGGGGACUCCGCCGUCGGAAAAUCCAAUCUGCUGUCGCGGUAUGCCAGAAACGAGUUCGACCUCCACUCCAAGGCCACCAUCGGAGUGGAGUUUCAGACGCAGUGCGUGCGCGUUGAGGAUGGUAAGGAGGUCAAGGCCCAGCUCUGGGACACCGCCGGCCAGGAACGCUUUCGAGCCGUUACUUCUGCCUACUACAGGGGUGCCCUUGGUGCUCUUCUCGUCUACGAUGUUAGCCGCAAGGGUACCUUCGAGAGUAUUCCCCGCUGGCUCGACGAGCUCAACACUCAUUGCGAUACUACAGUGGCAAGAAUGCUGGUUGGAAACAAGUGUGAUUUGGAAGAAAUUAGAGAAGUAAGCAUAGACGAGGGCAAAAGUCUUGCAGAAGAAAAAGGAUUGUUCUUCAUGGAGACCUCUGCCCUAGAUUCUACAAAUGUCAAAAGUGCUUUUGAGAUUGUUAUUGCGGAGAUAUACAACAACUUCAGCCGGAAAGUUCUCAACUCUGACUCCUACAAGGCUGAAUUAUCAGUUGACCGGGUGAGCCUGGCUAAGAAUGGAGCUGACUUAUCGAAGCAAAAUGGGAUCAAUCUCUCCUGCUGUUCGAGAUGAUUUUUGUUCUUACAUUUACCAGUAAAGUUCUGGCCGCCUCGACUUAUCUUCAAAUUGUUUGGGUACACAAUGAUUCCCCUGGCAGAGCUGGUUAAUUCAAUAUAUCAUGAUACUUAGUUUGGGGGAUUUCUAAUUAAAAUGCUAAUAAAAUCAUUUUAAAAAAGACUUUACUGCUA